CAACUGCAUGCAUGAUGAUUCGCACGAAAGGCGGUUACCUCCGCAAAUUGAAAGGAGGCUGGAAGAGUCUCGGCGGAGACAAACAGCUAACGAGUUAUUAUUUCCGACUGAACGCGACGUAUUUUCAACAGCUCCAGACCGAACACGAUACGAUACCGAAGAAGUCGCCGCUUGUGUCAGAUAUAAAAGACGUCAGUAUCCGGGACAUUGGUCAACUAUCGUUUGACGUUCAAUUGCGGAAGGGGGGAACGUGGACGCUCGUUGCGUCGACCCAAGAGGAUUUGAUUGAAUGGAUGGAGGCCCUCAAGCCUGGUUCGACCGCCAAUCUACAGCAACAUAGACAUACGAUUGACUCAUCAAGGUCAACAGUACAGCCAUCUGUGUCUCAACUCCAACCGCCGUCACGACCAUCUCACAUAGACCUCACUCCACAUCCAUCACACACACUACCCACCAUGUAUUCACCUCCUCAAGCGCAUCCCAACUCUCACGCACAAGCCGCAGUGAGCUCGCCUCACACACACAUACUAUCAUCAAACAGGCGAUCAACCGAACCAUCAAUCACUCCACUCUCUUCACAUUUUGAUUCACAGAACUCGAGAUACGUCGCCAGCCCAGUUCACUCGCUCGACUACAAAGAGCGAUCUCAUUCAUUGAGUGGCAUCGCGUCACAUCAAUCCUCAGAGAACCGUUCUCAUCGCUCUCUACACUACACGCCAUCUCUCCCUGUGAACGGCUCAUCCCACGACACGUUAUCGAAACAAGACUCAAUUGUUUUACAACCAGAAGACAAGGGCAACAAUGUGUACAUGGUGGCUGGACAACGAACGUCACUGACUAGGCCGGGUUUUCAAAGAGUGAUCAGUGUGGACGAUGAGGGAUACAUUCCGAUGUCACUUCAGGGCGGGGUUGAUAUGAAUGAUUUUUCUCCCACUGACAAGGGUUUUUAUAUGGAGCCGUCGACGGUUAUGAGUCGUUAUGAUAGAGUUCCGUUGCGUCACUUGACUGGUCAUAAUCAGUCGUUUUCGAGCGAGUAUUUGGAGCCGAUCAGUCUUACUCCUCCUGUGUCGAGACGAGGGAGGCAUCACUCUUUGGUGCAAGCGAGCAGUUUGGUGGAGAGGUUGCCGGGGCAAACGUCAGGUGCAAGGGAAGAAGGGGAAGUUAGUAUUCCACAAAACGAAAACAUUCGUGAUUGUCUUAAACAGCUGCCGAGGAUACCCAGAGAUAAAUUGAUUCUUCGACAAGAGAUAGCUAGAGGCAAUUUCUCUGUUGUUUAUCAAGCAGUUUAUAAGGUCGGCAACACACCAGCUGCUGCAAAAGUAUUGAAGUUCAGCUACAACGAGAAGGAUUUCAGUGAUUUCAUCAAGGAGGCGUACAUCAUCAACCAGCUGCAUCAUCCCAACAUAAUCGGCUUUUAUGGCAUUGUGCAGGAAGUGAAUCCUCCAUAUUUGAUUAUCGAGUUGAUGGAAAACGGUGCGUUGGAUUUGUUUCUACGACAAGUGCAGGAUCGGCGGCGUUUGGGAGUCUUGCUGAAAUACGUCAAGGACGUGGUGGCCGGAAUGGCUUAUCUUAGUCAGAGAAAGUUUAUUCAUAGGGAUCUCGCUGCUCGUAACGUUUUAGUCUCGGGGAGUGAACGCUGCAAGAUAGCAGACUUUGGUUUGUCACGAAAGCUCGACCAGCAGUCAAUGUAUAUUUCUCAAGGUGGUCGUGUAGCAACAAAGUGGGCAGCACCAGAGGCGCUCACCGAGCAGCAAUACACAACCGAAUCAGACGUGUGGAGUUUCGGUGUCGUGAUGUGGGAAGUGAUGGCAUUUGGAGAUACACCGUAUGGAGACUGGACAGGAGAGAAGACGAUUGUGGAAGUCACCAAUAAUCAUUAUCGUCUCACUAAACCUAACAUGUGCCCUCCUCGUCUCUACUCAAUCAUGCUGAAAUGCUGGGAACAGAACCCAAGAGGAAGGCCGUCAUUUAUCGAAAUUAUUCAGCAACUCGAUUCAAUGUCACUCUGAAAUCAAUUAUUAUUAAUUAAUUUCUUUUGUAAAUGUAGAUUGUUUUGCAAAUAACUUAGUAGCAGGUAUCGUAUGCAAUUGAACAUACGUGAUGUCGACUAGCUGGGCUGGACCUAAUCCAUUAACCUAUGUAUAGACUGGUUGGUUUCAUUUUCAUAGUUUUCUUGUCACUUGA